UAUAAAAUAUGUUAUUCUCUGCAACACUGAUUGUUGCCUUUGCUGCAGAUGCACUUCAGAGCAGAUGUUUUUGGUAGUGUGGGGUUUUGAUGUGAAUGAACUAAUGAAGGCUGGAUCCUUUGGCCCACAUAUUUGUUACUACAUGAUCAGCUGAUGAGUUUAGCAUAGGUAGAUCCCUGCUAACCUUCAGCCCUAUCUGCUGAUGACAGAGGGAUUGUUUGGAUUCAACCCACUGCCUUCUCCUAAAGGCGCUCCCUCCUACAGUCCACUCAUCCUACUGUCGGGGGGGAUUACUGUUUUAUAACUGAUUUUGAAUGUGUCUACCCCCCUCCCCCACACAUCAUUUGGUUGGAGGUAUCUCCAUUAGAGUAACAUUUGCACCAGCAGGAGCUCCAUCCCUGAGCUGAAGAGGGAGAACUCAAGGAGUGUUUAGACGUAGAGGAGAGAGAAGGAACCAUGAGUUUGCAAAAAGGAGACGUGGAGAAGUUUCUUAAGGGGAACCCAGAGUUUGCAAAAAACUACUUUGCCAAAAAGAUGAACCCUUCUUCUAUAUCGAAGGUGUCGGGACUUCCAGAAAAGCAUAUCGAUUUUAGUCACUUUAAAGAACUUAGUCAGGUUGAAGAAAGCAGAAUCAUGUAUGACCUGAUCAAAGACAUGCAGGAGAACGUCAACAUGGAAAAAGUGGUCUUCAAGAUCCUGAAGAGGCUCAGCGCUCUCAUCCACGCUGACCGCUGCAGCUUGUUCAUGUACCGGCAGCGGAACGGCAUUGGCGAGCUGGCCACCAGGCUCUUUAACGUCAGCGUGGAUUCAGUGCUGGAGGACUGCGUGGUCCCGCCUGACUCUGAGAUCGUCUACCCACUGGACUUGGGGAUAGUUGGCAACGUGGCUCUUACGAAGAAGACUGUUAAUGUGAAAAAUGUUAAAGAGAGCCAGCACUUCAGCUCGUUCGUUGAUGAACUCACAGACUACCAGACCAGGAGUGUUCUGGCUACGCCCAUCCUCAACGGUAAAGACAUGGUGGCAGUGAUCAUGGCUCUGAACAAGACCACGGGACCGCAUUUCACCGCUGAGGACGAAGAUCUUUUCUUAAAGUAUCUGAAAAUUGCUUCUCUGAACCUGAAGAUUUUCCACCUGAGUUACCUCCAUAACUGUGAGACACGUAAAGGACAGCUGCUGCUGUGGUCUGCAAACAAGGUGUUUGAAGAGCUGACAGACAUUGAGCGACAGUUUCACAAAGCCUUGUACACGGUCCGAGCCUACCUCAACUGUGACCGCUACUCUGUGGGUUUACUAGACAUGACAAAGGAAAAGGAGUUCUUUGACAUCUGGCCCGUGUUGAUGGGAGAACAGCCGCCUUAUUCUGGUCCCGUGACUCCUGAUGGCAGGGAAGUGAUUUUCUACAAAGUGAUUGAUUAUAUCUUGCAUGGAAAAGAAGACAUCAAAGUAAUACCGAAUCCACCUGCUGACCACUGGGCGUUGAGCAGUGGUCUGCCCACUUAUGUUGCUGAAAGCGGUUUUAUUUGUAACAUAAUGAACGCGGCUGCUGAUGAGACCUUUCAUUUUCAGACGGGAGCUCUGGACGACAGCGGUUGGACCAUAAAAAAUGUUCUCUCACUUCCGAUUGUCAACAAGAAAGAAGAAAUAGUUGGCGUGGCAACAUUUUACAACAGAAAAGAUGGAAAGCCCUUUGAUGAUCACGACGAGCAGCUCAUGGAGGCUUUGACCCAGUUUUUGGGCUGGUCAGCUCUGAACACGGACACUUACGACAAAAUGAACAAGCUGGAAAACCGGAAAGACAUCGCCCAAGACAUGGUUCUUUACCAUGUCAAAUGUCGAAAUGAUGAGAUCCAGAAUGUUCUGAAUACGAGAGACGUCUACGACUGUGAACCAGAGGAGUGUGAAGAAGAGGAGCUUCUUAAUAUUUUGAAAAAAGACCUUCCUCCACUGAUCAAGAAAUUUGAGAUCUAUGAGUUCCGGUUUUCUGAUUUUAACUGCACGGAGCUGGAGCUGGUGAAAUGCGGGAUCCAGAUGUACUAUGAAGUCGGUGUGGUCAAGAAGUUCCAGAUUCCACAGGAGGUGCUGGUUCGGUUCAUGUACUCGGUCAGUAAAGGUUACAGAAAAAUCACUUACCACAACUGGCGUCAUGGAUUCAACGUGGGACAGACCAUGUUCACACUACUAACGACGGGACAUCUGAAGCGAUACUACACUGACCUGGAGGUGAUGGCUAUGAUUACAGCAGGGUUCCUGCAUGACAUUGACCACAGAGGGACAAAUAACUUGUACCAGGUCAAGUCCGGUAACCCUCUGGCCAAGUUACACGGCUCCUCCAUCCUGGAGCGACACCAUCUAGAGUUUGGAAAGUUCCUUCUGUCUGAUGAGUCACUGAACAUCUACCAAAACCUUAACAGACGGCAGGUAGAUCAUGUGAUUCAUCUCACUGACAUCGCCAUCAUCGCCACUGACCUGGCUCUUUAUUUUAAGAAGAGAACCAUGUUCCAAAAGAUCGUGGACCUUUCAAAAACAUAUGAAGAUGAAAAGAAAUGGGUGGACUUCCUGUCUUUGGAAACAACAAGGAAAGAAAUUGUCAUGGCUAUGAUGAUGACAGCGUGCGACUUGUCCGCCAUCACCAAACCCUGGGAAGUACAGAGCAAGGUUGCCUUGUCUGUGGCGGCAGAGUUUUGGGAGCAGGGUGACUUGGAAAGGACGGUGCUGGAGCAACAACCCAUUCCUAUGAUGGACAGGAACAAAGCAGCAGAACUUCCAAAGCUACAGUGUGGUUUUAUUGACUUUGUUUGCACAUUUGUCUACAAGGAGUUUUCUCGCUUCCACCCACAAAUCCAGCCUAUGCUGGAUGGCAUCCUUAACAACAGGAAGGAGUGGAAUGCUAAAAAAGAGGAAUAUGAGGCUAAACUGAAGGCCAUCGAGGAUGAAAAGGCUGCUAAAGAGGCUGCAGCGGCGGCUAAAACUGCAAACAACACCGGUGGUGGAGGCUCCAAGACCUGCUCAAUGUGUUGAGACCAACAACCUCUUAAGUGUGUAAGUACAUUCUCACAAUGGAGGAACGUCAGGAACAUCGAAGAACCACAGUUAACACAACACUCACGGUCAGAAACGUGGACAUGAGAGAACAGAAAUAAUUCCAGUCAGAGAAGGGAAAAAAGUUACAUUUCAAGUGUUUUUUUCUACAAGAAUAUUUGUUUAUUAUUAUUUCGGAAUAAGUUAAAACAGUGUCUCUGGAACACAAUGGGCUUUUGCUUUUAAAUCAGGUACAUUUUCUUUUCUUAAAACAAGUUUCUUGUCUGUGAGGUACAUUGUGUGUGACGUAUUUUUAAUAUUGUUAACAACAAUAUGUCUUGAAUGUACAGAAAUGUUUUCUUUAUUAUUUUUUUAUCCAGCAAGCUUCACCAAUUCAUAGUUGUAAAUACCUUGUAGGAAAUGACACCCUUGUACAGUAAGAAUGGUAGUAUAAGUGAAGUAUUAUAAGAUGUCUAUUCUUGUAGGUAAGGCUGGAGCAAAGAAUGUUUGAAGUUGUAUUUUAUCCUUAAAUGGGGCAUAAAUGUAAGAUCCGUUUUAGGUUCCACAGGAUAUGAUCAAAGUUUACCGCUUCCAGUCACCAACAAUUUACUAAUGAGAGUUUAUUUACUGUAACUGCUUUAAGUUGCUAAA